AUGAGGAAAAAGAAAGAGGAGACCUACGACCCUCGUCCUACGCUGGUGGCAGCGCCGUGCCAAAGAAUACCCCUAAUUCUCCGCGCUCUCCCCCGUGCCGCAGUCGACGCCGGCAUCACCCACGAUACCGACAUUGAUCAAUAUUGCAAUACGUUGGCUCACCACGUCAUCAAUCGGGAAGAACAAACCCUUACCAGAGACUUCUUCCUCUGUUUCCAAAAAGUUGACGAGGGCGACGAAGUGUACGCUAAGAAACUUCAACUUCUGGCGCAACGCGCUUUUAGUGGCUGUCCUCCAAACAUGGUCUCUAACUGGGUAACGGUCCGGUUCAAACAUGGUGUCCGACCUCCCGCUUUGGGUGAGAAGCUUUGCAACGCAAAGACCAACUCGCUCGGUCAGUUGGUCAAGCUCGCAACCAAGAAGCGGCGUCCUCGAUCUUCCAGAAUCCGCAAAACUGAAAUUGCCUGGGACGUGAUACUUGGUGCUGAUUCUCUACGCUACACCAAAGCCGUGCUAAAUUUUGCAGAAGGAACCUUUUCCACUCAUCGAGCCACCAGAGCUAACACAGAUACCUCGCUAUCAAAAGAUGACGUAGAUGACAUCUGCAACGCCCUUUUUGAAGCUGCAGCCAUUCCCAUGAGCAAUCUAGAUGACCUUUAUGCGCAGCUGACCCACAUUUCCAACGACGAGAGAAAAGAACUCCAUGAGCUCCUACUUAAACGUAUUCCACCACCUUUGCUGGAAGAAGUAAACCGUCUGGUUGAAGAGAUGCUUCGAGACGAUGUUAUAAAGCUGUCCAAGUUACCGUCGACCUCUCCUAUUGCGCUGGUGAAGGAGAGUGACGGCAAUCUACGUUUAUGCAUCGACUAUAGGAAGGUGAAUGCUGUAACCAAGAGACAUUACCUGAUAGCGAGGAAGUGCGUUGUUAGAACCGACCAUCAGGCACUUACCUGGUUAAAAGCAAUGAGGGAGAUCGGUCGUUCGGUUGCACUCUGGUACGAAGAACUGCAGCAAUAUGAUUUUACAGUCCAAUACCGAAGAGGAAAAGGGCAUGGUAAUGCGGAUGCACUAUCCCUCAGACCGACUCCAGCAGAAACAGGUGACGUUAUGGUGCACACCGUAUUUUUGAGCGAUCCUACCAGACAUCAUUGGAGAAAUACGCAGAGUACUGACUCCGAUACGGCUCUGAUAUACGAUAAAUUCCUGGCAUCCUCGCAUAAGCCUACAUUGGAAGAGAUGAUGUCGGCCAAAGGUGUCCAGUCUCCGAAGCGUCUGGUGGUUCCUGGCUCAUUAAUGCAAACAGUUCUGCAAAAGUUACAGGAGCAAGUCGGCCACGUGGGUGAAAAGAAGAUGCUAGAUGCCUCGAGCAAAAGAUACUGGUGGCCUCCGCUCACCCCAGAUAGACGAAACCGAUAUAUUUUGGUUAUGGUAGAUUACUUCACGAAAGCGACUAGGGCAGAAUCCGUGAAGUCACAAAAUGCUGAAACGGUUGCUUCAGUUUUCUUCAAUCGGUGGAUUUGUCAGCAUGGAGUGCCUGAAUCCGUUCAUAGCGAUCAAGGCCCUAACUUCAAGAGCCGAUUCUUCACUGAACUAUGUAAGAUCUGCCAGAUCUUAAAGACAAACGCACGGCACCUGCGCACCCGCAAGGCAACGGCCAGACGUCACUUUGAAGAGGCGAUGAGAUUUGCUCGUCGCUCUGUAACAGACAACGACAUUCGGAAGUACGAGAUGUUCGCACAGACUCUUCAGCAAUCUCGUGGCAUGGGUGGGAAUUUCAGAUUUCCUGCCGAGCAAGGCAAUGCAGCCUCUCACGCCAAUCCUGCUUCAAACAACCCUUACAAUCAAGGCGCAGCGGAUGAGGACUUCAACCACGCCGCCAUACCCGAUUCUGACUUGGGACAUUGCGUGCAGUCUGAAGUUAUUGCACAUGUCCCUCGCUCUUUCACUAAGUGCCCUCCACCACCACGACGUCUGAGUGAGGAGGAGAAGGCACUCCAAAAGUGGAGCCUGACGGAUGCCAAGAGCAAGAAACUCGGCACGUUGAAGCCUAUCAUCAAGAUGGGUGAUGGUGGAAGUCAGUAA